UCGAGUAGGAGUCCGAGGAGAAAAGGUGCGGCUAAAGUGACGUUUCACAGCUCUGUUCCAGAACCCCAAACCGAGUAGAGCGGUGUGCAGUUUUUCGCGCACACUUCGCUUGAGGCGACACUUCACAGGCUGGUUGUGUUGCACUGAUACGGAAAGUAGUAAGAUGAGCAGCGCCGGGGCGGCUUGGGGAGCUUUGCUAUUGAUCGUAGGAUGUCUCCUUGCAUAUUCAGAAGCUUAUAACAUUGCAACUUCGGGAGCCAAAUUGUUUCAAGGGAACUCUGUUGAAGAAUUUGGAUAUACUGUCCGUCAGUUUGUAAAUAGCAAUGGGAAAUGGUUAUUGGUUGGAUCACCAUGGAGUGGCUACCCUCAGAACAGAAUGGGUGAUAUCUACAGAUGCCCGCUACAUGAAGUCAGAACAACAUGUGACAAACUGCAGAUUCAGAGUAAAACCACAAUCCAGACUGUGACUGAAAUAAAAAACAAUAUGACCCUGGGCUUAACUCUUAAUACAAAUACUAAAACUGGAUUUAUGACAUGUGGCCCCCUUUGGUCACAACAAUGUGGAAGCCAAUACUUCUCCACUGGAAUUUGCUCAGAGGUACUUUCAGACUUCAGUAAAGUUCAGAGUUUCUCUCCUGCUCUACAAAAGUGCGGUGGCCCCAUGGAUAUUGCAAUUGUGCUGGAUGGUUCAAAUAGCAUUUGGCCGUGGGCACCUAUUCAGAACUUCCUCAAAAAAUUACUGUCUGGUUUAAACAUUGGACCAAACGACGCUCAGGUGAGUGUCAUCCAAUAUGCAGUUGAUCCAACAUUUGAAUUCAAACUGAACACGUAUGCAACCAAAGAUCAAAUGAUAGCCGCUGCUGCAAAAAUAACACAAAAGCUUGGAGGUGAAACGAAUACCUUCAGAGCCAUUGACUAUGCAAGAAAAAAUGCAUUCUUGCCAGAGAAUGGGGGCCGUGACGGGGCUUCAAAGGUAAUGGUAGUAGUUACUGAUGGAGAAUCUCAUGAUAAUUCACAAAUGAAAACUGUGAUCGGAGAAUGUGAAAAAGCCAAGAUUACAAGAUUUGGCAUAGCUGUUCUUGGAUAUUACAUAAGGAAUGAUAUUGAUACUAAAAACCUAAUCAGUGAAAUCAAAUCAAUAGCCAGUGCACCAUCAGAGAGGUACUUUUUUAAUGUGUCAGAAGAAGCAGCAUUGUCAGAAAUUGCUGGAACUCUUGGAGAACGAAUCUUUAACAUUGAAGGAACAGGAAAAGGUGGGGAUAACUUUCAAAUGGAAAUGUCCCAAGUUGGAUUCAGCGCCUUCUAUUCCAGCAAAGAGGAUGUUAUGAUAUUGGGUGCUGUUGGGGCCUAUGACUGGAGUGGCACUGUGGUUCAUAAAAAUGGGAGCAAGACUGAAAUUUUUCCAAAGCAAACCUUUGAAAAGAUCUUGGAAGACAGAAACCAUAGCUCAUUACUUGGUUACUCUGUGACGACAUUGUCUGUUGAAGGGGGUCAGUUUUAUGUGGCUGGGGCUCCACGGUCUAAUCACACAGGUCAAGUUGUCACUUACACCAUUGAUGAUAAAGGCAAGCCCACCGUCCAGCAAUCCCAACGAGGAGAACAGAUUGGUUCAUACUUUGGCAGUGUUCUCUGCUCAGUGGACAUUGAUCAUGACCUUAUGACAGAUGUGCUAUUGGUUGGUGCACCAAUGUUUAUGGAUGACUUUAAGAAAGAAAUCGGGAAAGUAUACAUAUUUUCAGUAAUGAAGGGCAUUUUGGGACAACGAGAUAUUCUUCAAGGUCCAUCUAGUUCAGAAAAUGCUCGCUUUGGAAUGGCCAUUUCUGCUGUCCCAGACCUCAAUUUGGAUGGAAUGAGUGAUGUGAUAGUCGGUGCUCCUUUGGAAUACGAGAACAAGGGUGCAAUUUAUGUUUAUAAUGGAGAUAAAAAAACUCUUCGCACAAAGUACUCCCAGAAAAUCUUAGCCUCAGACCUUUCACCAACCCUACAAUACUUUGGAAGAUCUCUCGAUGGGAGUGCUGAUUUAAACGGUGACACCAUCCCUGAUGUGUCAGUUGGAACCUAUGGAAAUGUCGUUCAGCUGUGGUCACAAAGUAUAGUGAAUGUUACUGUGGAGGCUACUUUUUCACCAGACAAGAUCAGCAUUCUUAACAAAAGCUGUGAUGUGAGUGGAAGAAAGCAGUUUUGUUUUGUAGCAAAGCUCUGCUUCUCUGCUACCUUUAGACCGACGUCAGCCAGUGGACCAGUGGAUAUCAAAAGCAACUUUACUUUAGAUGCAGAUCUUCAGUCAUCAAGAGUGUCUUCCCGAGGUUUAUUUGCUGAAAAUAAUGAUAGGAUGCUGCAGAAGAACAUUGAAGUUAUGGGCAAAGUCACUUGUAAUGAAUAUAAAGUUUUUGUUCAGGAUGCUCCAGAUUUUGUAAAUUCCCUUGCCCUUCGUGUUGAUAUUGGCCUCCAGAAGCCAAAGAGCAGUCCUGUCUUAGAAAAGUUUGCACGUAAUUCCUGGCAGUUCUUUAUUCCUUUUUCAAAAGACUGUGGUGAAGAUGAGCUCUGCUUGUCAGAUCUUGUACUCGGUGUGCAAAGAAAAAAUGUCGACAAUAGUCUUACACCUUUUGUUGUGAGCAGUGCGAACACAAGAAUAUCUUUUACAGUUAAAGUGUGGAGCAAAAAUGAAAACGCAUACAAUUCCAAGGUCAUUGCCACCUAUUCAAAUAAUUUAUACUUCUCAUCUCACACAAUUCCUACGGAUGGAACUGAUGUGAAGUGCCAAUUAGAGACAACAGAAUCAGUCUCCUGUCAGGUCGGAUAUCCUGCUCUAAAACUAGGACAAGAGGUAUCCUUUGACAUCAACUUUGAUUUUAACAUCAACCACUUGCAGAGUGUGGCUUAUAUCAACUUCCAGGCUCUUAGUGAUAGUACAGAAGAAACUCCAGAAAACAAUGUGGUCAACAUUUCCAUUCCUGUUCAGUACAACUCGGAAAUUGUUUUUACCAGAGAUACCAGCCUACAUUUUUAUGAAGUAAACUCGGCUGUUCCAGCUGAAACAAAAGUGAAUACUUUCGAAGAUAUAGGUCCUGAAUUCAACAUCACCCUGAAGGUUACCACCGGAGGUUUUCCUGUGCACAUGGCAUCCCUUACAGUUGCCCUGCCUGUAUCUACUAGAAUUGCAGGAAAUCCACUGCUCUACAUAACGGAUGUCAAUACAGAUACGGCCGUCACCAUGAGCUGCGAGACAACAGAGUUGCUGAACCCACUAAAAAUCGGAGAAAAGCCACACACUGCAUCAUUCUCAAAGGAGGACUUAACAAGAGUGAAAAAACUGGACUGUGAAACUGCCAACUGUAAGUCACUGAAGUGUUCAUUCAAAGACGUCGAACCAAGAAGGCAGUAUGCAGUAAACAUCACAGCAAGGAUCUGGAAUGGUACUUUUGCAGUUUCAGAAUUCCAGGAGGUCAAUUUGCAAGCAAGUGCUGAGGUAGAGACGUCACAGCCAGACUUAUUGAUUAUCAUGAAUAAAAAACUUCCAAUAGAAGUUACUAUUACAAAACCAGGAAUUAAAAAAGAUGUCCCACUGAAUGUAAUCAUUGGCAGCGUAAUUGGAGGAUUGCUUUUACUGGCAGCACUAGUGGCUAUCUUAUACAAGCUUGGCUUUUUCAAACGAAAAUAUGAACAACUAAUGAAAAAUGAGGUAGAAGAUGGUGAUGGUGAAAUUGACGAUCUUAAUGAAAAUGAAUCAUGAUGCUGAAUUUAACUUGAACAAAUGGACACGUUUUCCAGUUUCCUUCCAUCCUUCUGCAUCUUUUUUAAUAUUUCAGGAUCAUAAAAAGAAAGUCUUCUUCAUUAUACAGAAAUGGGUACAAACCUGGAAGUCAGCAUUCUGUUAGGAUUCCUCAUGGUUCACUUUUGGAUCAUGCUAGUCUUACUGUUACUGAGUGAGAAAGAAACAGAAAAAAAAUAUAAAAUGAUGCAGUUCAGGUUAUACAUAAGACUUAUUUUUUAUACUUUACUAUUAUUACUUUUUAUUAAUUUUUAUGCUUGGAAAUGUUUUCGUGUAAAUAUUUCAAUCUAUGUGGUCUUUUGCACAUUUCCUGGCAUAUUUUAUUUUUCUCCUUAAUGGGAAUGGGUGACACAGAUCUUAAUGUAUAAUGUGUAAUUUAUUUAGGGUAUUUUUGCACUGGAGAUUGUUCACAGUUAAUCAUGACGGUCAUGAGGAUUGUACUGGAAAAACAGGGAU